CGGCCGAUCCCGAGGAGAACCGGACGGGCGCUCGCCGUCCGAGCAGUGAAAGUACCAGCGCGCGCGCGUCCCCCCUUUGUGUGCCUCGCGUGUCCAGGGGGGGGCUGUUGAUCCCCCCGAGCAUGUGCUCCUCACGCGGGCCGCACGUCGGAAGCGACCCUGGCUAGUCGUCGUCGUCGUCCUCGUCGCCGCCGCUGCCUCGCUCACCGCCAGUGCUCUGCUCGGCGCGCUCGGUGCGGUCGAUCAAAUCGCGUUGCGUCGCCGGUAGGCGUCCGGCCACGAGGGACGUCGAUGACUCUCCGUUUCCACGACCGCCCGCAAGAUCGUCGAUCGCCGGCUCCGCAGCGCGAGGAAGCAGGUGCCGCACUCGUAAAGGUCCACGUCGCUUGAAUGAUGAGACUACUCGCGGGCGUGGAGGAGGUUAGCGACCACUGCGAAAAAGAGACCAAUAAUGGCCAACUGCACAACAAUAAUAGUCAUGAAAAGCAAUCUGCGACGGAAUUGGCGCAAGAAGCGAGCAAGCCGCUCGUCAAGAAGGCAUGCGGCGAUUCGCCAGCCAAGAGGGAAGUUGCAGCAGAGGGUGAAGAGAAGCUGAGACGUUUACUUCCGUUCGAGGACGCGCCUGAAUUUCUGCAGCACAAUCCCUACAUACUGCGCGGCUACCGGGGCUGUCUGACCACCAAACUGUGCCUCGAGAGCAUAUUUUGGUGGACGAACGAGACCGUCAACAUAUGGAGCCACAUCUUCGGCUGGAUGCUCUUCUUUGGUCUGACCCUGUACGAUCUCUGUCUACUGAACAUCCACGCGCCGUUCAGUGACAAAGUGAUCGUGUCAUUGUUGCUGCUUUGUUUCCAGAUAUGCAUGAUCCUGUCGUCCGUGUAUCACACGUUCUCGUGUCGAAGCGAGAAAGAUUACUGGUGCUUCCUGUCCCUCGAUUUGUUCGGUAUCGCUCUGAGCAUGCUGUCGAUAUACAUGUCGGGGGUCUACUAUGCCUUUUGGUGUCACAAGGACCUGCAGCGGUUCUACCUCACGACCGUGCUCGCGAUCUUCAUUUUCGCGAUGAUACUGCAAAUACCGAGGCUGAACAUCAACAGCAACAUCAAGCUGGCCGUAUUCGUGAGCUGGGCGAUAUAUGGCGUGCUGCCAACGCUGCAUUGGACCUUCGCGAUGGGCGGCUUGGAUAACCCGAUCGUUAAAAUGCUCGUCCCGCGGGUGAUAGGAAUGUACAUUAUUAACGCGAUAGCAUUCGCGUUCUAUUUGCUCAAGAUACCCGAACGCUUUUAUCCAGGCUGGGUGGACUACGUCGGCUCGUCGCAUCAAUGGUGGCACGCGCUGGUCGUGCUGGCCCUCUAUUAUUGGCACAACACCGGAAUGCUUUACGUGGAAUACAGAAUGAAUCACGGAUGCCCGAGCAGCAUGUUAUGACAUACGGAUUCCGGCGGCCAACUAGAAUCCGUUCUCGCCAUGGAUUGCGAUUGCAUGAUGAAGACGGGCUCUUGGUCGUCGUGGGUCGCGGAACCGCCGUUUUAUAGUAUUUUGAAGAAUACGUCUUGCGAGAUACAAAAUCCACUGCGUGUGUACGCGCAUCGAUAGUCGCGACACGUACCACCUCUAGGAAAAUGCACGUCGCGACGGUCUUGGUGGAAGGAGACCCGCCGUGGAUGAUACAAGCCACGAUAUUCCGCAGCUCUAUUUAUAUUUAUAUCGCUAUUUAUACUUGUCUCGUGACAGCUAGUUUUAUCCUAGACGCUUUUUCUUUCCUGACCUUUAACUCCAGCAGGAAACUAAAAAUAAGACUAUAAAUGAAUAUUCAACUUUUCGGCGUUCUGCGAAUCCCCGAUCGACAAACUUUUCGUAUUUACGAACGAAUUUAAUCGACAAAAUUCAUUCGCCAAGAAAUUUUAGCAAUUCUUAGCAAUUAUAAUAACAAUCAACGACGCGUAGGAUGGAUAUCUCGUAAAAAUAUCUUGCAACGUUUCCUGCUGGGAUUAAAAGUGACACUUCGUUUUUAGACACUUUACAUUUCCGUUAGAGUUGUUUGACUUUUGUUAUCUUUCAAGGAGACUGGGAAUUUCAAGACUAACGAAUCCAGCGUCUUUCGUGAGUUUUUUUUUUGGUGAACGAUAUUAGAGAUAUCGGGACGUGGGUUUUCUUUAUUUCUAGCGCAAAAGUAUGCCUUUUCACCGUCGUUUCACUGCUCCGUGAACGGUAUAGAAGUAUCGCGGGUCGUGGGUUUUUAUUUCACGCGCAAAAGUAUACCUUUACCUAUGCUCGGCGAAGAACUGCGUCGAUUCAACGAGGCAUCGGCGAUCGAUUAAUCAAAGCGCGCCGCGACAUUCACGGCUGCUUUUGCAACGCGGCUCGGAGUCGGGAUAUUGGGUAACUUUGCAAACUCCCGGUAUACCCGACGUACGCGCGCAUAUAGUUUGGCUGCGUUCCGAUAUUCUCUGCCAGUACUGAAACUCCAUAGUGCACUUGACGUAAACUAUAUAAAUUUUGCAGUACUGGCAGUGAAAAUCGGGCCGCGGCCUUUGUAGCCUGCGCGCAGAAAUGGCGCCGACACACAUAUCAAACGCAAUAUUUUUACGCGACUGAUUCCAGCGCGAACGCCGCGUUUCGACGCGGCCCUUACACAGUACACAAUAUCGCAUAUAAAUAAAUAAUAAGCAGUUGUAUGGUACUAUCCGUUAAAAUGUUGUUCCCUAGAUCGUUGAGCAAGAAAAAUAAAUAUUUUAUUUAUAAAUAAAA